GUUAAAAAACUACUUCAUCUAAUGAAGACUUCGGUGAUAGAGAAGGAUAAAGAGACAGGCAAGACAGCCCUCCACUUCUGUGCAUCCAACAAAGAUACGUUGGUUGCUGACGCUGUCUUGGAUAAUGAUUCAUCUUGUCUCAACAUGAAAGAUGCCAGUGGAUUCACACCGUUCCUCCUCGCGUCAGUGGCGGGAAAUUUGAAGAUGGUGAAGUUCUUGAAGGAAAGAGGCACCAACGUGAAAACAUGCGACAACGAAGGUCACACGGCUGCACACUGGACGGCUGUGUGUGGCCACGCAGAAGUUCUCGAGUACCUACACGACAACGGCGUGGAGCUGUCGACAUGCGACAAGAACGGAGCCACGCCACUGCACUACGCCGUACACGGAAGUGAUGAUGUCAGUCGGGAGCAGAGCCAGAAAAUGGUGAAGAUGCUGCUGGCGAAGAAGGUGAAGGUCGAUGCGAUGGACGAGGAUAAGAGAACUCCUCUGCUCUGGGCUGCAAGUUCAGGGAGGGAUAAGAUUUGUGAAAUAUUGUUGGACGCUGGAGCCAACAUCGAAUCAACUGACCAAGAUGGACUGACAAGUCUCCAUUCGGCCGCAGCAAAAGGUUAUCCCAAAUGUAUUGAAGUUCUCCUAAAGAGGAAGGCAAAGAUCGAGGCUACUGAUAAAAACGGUAAGAAUACCUGCCUGCACAUGGCCGCCCUCUCAAACAAUCUACCCUUGUGCAAACUUUUAGUGCAGAAUGGAGCCAACGUAAAUUCUCCCAUGAAACACGGGGUAGAAAAUUAUUGCUACUAA